CGGCAUAGUCUGUAGCACAGCGGCGACGUUACGAAAUAAAAACGCUAAGUUUUCCUACUGCGCAAAGCACACCUACGCGCCGUUCGAUCACCCGUUGUAACGUAGGUGCCCUCAAGAGAUGAUUUCGUAAGCUUUUGCAGUCGACUUGGUUUCCAUUAUCGCUGCGUCCGGCUGCUAUUUAUAUAUUAUUAUGUUUGAGUGAACGACAGUGAUGGUGUAGGUCGAAAGACCGCCGAUGUGUCCCGCCCCUCCAUCAUACCGUUUACAACAACGAACGGCGUAGGCCGUUGGAGGCGGGGGUUUGCCAUUCUUGAGAGAAGUGAAAGCUGUUUUAAAUGUUUAAUGUCGCAGAAAACCGACAUUCAGUGAAUGCUCACGCGAUUCCAAGGCUGCAAAGUAAACAUGCUACACGCCGCGCUAUCGCCGACGACUAAAUUUUAGAAAAUCUCGUGAGACCUUAUUUAGUCGAAGCGACGCGUUCGCGGAGAAGUAAAAUAUUAUAAUAUUAUUAUCAAUGACUAUGUUACAUCGUUCACGUGAAACGGAAACCGAAUAAUAAUAAUAAUGAUAAUAUUGUCGUCAACGAGUGUCGUCGAGUAAUCCGGAUCGGACCGUCGAUGUCGCGGACCGUGGAUACCUGCAGCACCGGUGGACAAUGGCGCCGUCGUCGUGGAGGUACGAAAUCGCCAUGUUUCUCGCCGUCAACACGUCGUUCCUGGUGCUGUUCGACACGUUUUCCGCGGACCGAAACACCGGGCGGAGCGCGCCGAUGCGCCCCGGACCGCCGCGUCUCGACAGCCGGCAACGCCUGAUGGACCUGAACGGUUUCGAGUACGUUAUCGACAGCGGCGCGUGCGACGGACCGCGACGCCACACGCCCGUCGUGGUGCACAGCCACGUCGGCCACUUCGAACGCCGUCGGGCCAUUCGCCAGUCCUACCCGCGGACCGUGCUCGACCGGCUCGGAUUUCGUCACGUGUUCAUGGUCGGCUUGCCGUCGUCGGGCAACCGCGUCGACGAUCGAGUGUUGCAGGAGCGGCUGCUCCGGGAAUCGUCCCGGCACGGGGACGUGGUGCAGGGCAACUUCCGGGAAGCGUACAGGAACCUGACGUACAAGCACGCGAUGGGCCUGACGUGGUUCGCGGCACGGUGCCCGCGGUCGGACUACAUGGUCAAGAUGGACGACGACAUCGCGGUGAACUUGUUCAAGCUGAACGCCGUGCUUGGCCGGCCCGACAAUCGCGACCUGGCCGGGUGCGUGAUCGACGCGAAACCGAUACGGGACGAGCGCAACAAGUGGUACGUGAGCCGCGCCGAAUUCGCGGGCGACGCAUACCCGCCGUUCUUGUCCGGUUGGCUGUACGUGGCCAGGGCGGCGUCCGUCGUCCGUCUGCUGCGGGCGAUAGAGGUGCGCGAAAGAUACUUCUGGAUCGACGACCUGUACGUGACGGGCAUACUGGCCGAACGCGCCGGACUCGCGUUCACCGACCUGAGGCCCGAAUUCGAAACCGACCCGGGACCGGUUCACUGUUGCGUGCACAAACGACAGCGGUGCGACUUUUUGGCGGCACCCACCGGCGACGAUGACGCGCUGCUCCAGCGAUACGCCGAACAGCUGAUGCUCUGUAAGGCAACCAACUCUUCCUGUGAUCUAUUUCGGAAAUCCAAACGCCAUCAUAGCUGUCUGGAUUUGUGGAAAAAAAAUAUAUCGGUGGAUACGGCGUCGCGCGUAGGAAAACCAUCAAUAGAGAUAUUGAAUUGGAAUUGAGUCCAUCGCAAUAGACUUGUAGUAGUACGACGAUUUCUCGUAUGGAAUUAACUACGGCCAGUUUAAAAACGAUAGAAAAGCCAUAAACUAUUAAUUGUAUUUAUCAUAAUAAAUUAUUAGGAAAACAUUUUUAUUUUUUAUGUAAUAAUAUUUAAUGAUGUAUUUAUUACAAACUACUAACCGCUAUUAAGGUAUCUAUUA